AUGGGAACAGUAGAAGAAAGGCUCUCGGCGGUGGAGAAUUAUUUACGUCAGGAGUUGAGAGAUUUUCGUGAGAUGAUGAUGCAAGAAUUUCGUGAUACCAUGAUGAGCGAGUUUACGAAACUGUGGGAGCGACGACAGUCGGUGGAACGACCUACAUUUUCGGAGGAGUCUGUGACAGAGUAUAAGAUGGCGGUGAAGAAGGUGGAGUUACCAUCGUUUGAUGGUGACGAUCCUGUGGGUUGGGUCACACGUGCUGAGACGUACUUCAAAGUUCAGGGUACAUCGGAGGAGGUGAAGGUCCGAUUGGCAAAACUAAGCAUGGAAGGAGCAACAAUCCACUGGUUCAAUUUGUUGAGGGAGACAGAGGACGAUUUGACAUGGUUGAAGCUAAAACAGGCUUUAAUUGAGAGAUACGGGGGAAGACAAAGCGAUAACCCUUUUGAGGAAAUGAAGGAUUUACAACAGACUGGAACGGUUGACGAAUACAUCACCACCUUUGAAUAUGUAUCGUCGCAGGUAGGGAGGUUACCGGAGGAGCAGUACUUGGGGUAUUUCAUGGGAGGACUCAAAACGGAUAUUCGUCUGAGGGUUCGAACAAUGAAUCCACGUUCACGGGUUCAGGCGAUGAAGAUCGCUCGUGAUAUAGAGACGGAGAUGCGUGGGUCGUUGUUGCCAAGAGUAAGUGCUGGUGGGCCCCGUAAUUGGAAGGGAAGUGGGUCAGGAGGAUAUGGGCUUAGUUGGAAAACAGGUUCUGGGUCUCAACAUAACCCAGGUUCGACCCGAGUGGGAAAUGGGUAUACUAAUUAUUCUGCUGGAUCGGUGCAAAGUAAAACGGGUUCUUCACCAUCUAACCCAAAUGGGAAUACGCAUGCAAACACCAGUACAACCAGAUCUAGAGGUGACGAAGGAAGGAGAUAUGGAGGAGAACGCAACCGUGGCCUCAAGCACUUGCCGUAUUCUGAGCUGAUGGAGCGAAGACCACAAGGGUUGUGUUUCCGAUGUGGAGAAAAGUAUCAUCCUCUUCAUCAGUGUGCUGAGAAACAACUCAGGUUGGUGAUUUUAGGAGAUGAUGAAACUAUUAAUGAGGAAGGUGAGGUGAUAGCCAUCGAAGUUAAGGAAGAUGAGGAAGAGGUGCUAGAUUGCAACUCUAUGGGGUUAUUUGGUAUUACUGAAACAAACAUUAAGUCGAACAAUACCCCUCCUACCACUUUGCGCCUCCAAGGAAGCUUAAAGGGGGUCUCAAUUAUGAUUUUAAUUGACAGCGGUGCCAGUCACAAUUUUGUCUCACCUCAUGUGGCCACUGCUUUAGGGCUAAAUGUUGAGCAAGGAAGAUCAAUGGGAGUGAAGUUGGGUGAUGGUCACAGAGUAUCGACAAGAGGAAGAUGUAGAAAAUUGGAGGUGUGUUUGAAUGACUUUACCACCAGUGUUGAUGCUUAUGUCCUCGAAUUGGGUGACCUAGAUAUGAUAUUGGGGGUGGCUUGGUUGCAACGGUUUGGAAAAGUAACUUUUGACUGGGAGAAGAUGACCAUUAGUUUUCUAUGGGAAGGAAAAAGGGUGGAAUUACAUGGUCAAUUCUUCACCACCAAAGAGGUGUCAACCAACAACAUAUCUCAUGCACCGAUGGACUCCUUGCACAGUUUGUUAGAAGAAGAACUAGUACCAACAAAUGAAGUACAGGAACUGACCGAGGUGCAAAAGCAGGAGCUUAAUGAAUUGUUGAGCAAAUUCAAGGGAGUUUUCGAAGAAAAUACAGGGCUGCCACCUAAACGAGAAAUUAAUCAUACCAUUGAGUUACAAAAGGAUGCUGGACCAGUAAGCGUAAGACCAGACCGUAUCGUUACCCUCAUCACCACAAAGAGGAGAUCGAAAAACAAAUUCGGAGUAUGUUGA